UCCCCCGGGGGAGCGGCCCCGUCCCCGCCCGCCGGCGGAGGGGGACGGCGGAACGCGGGGCCGGCACCCGACUCCCCGAUCCCGAUCCCCGCUCCCAGCCGGCUCCCGGCUCCCCGAUCCCGAUCCCCGCUCCCAGCCGGCUCCCGGCUCCCGGUUCCCCGCUCCCGGUCGCCGGCGCCGCGCUGUCCCGGCGAGCAGGGACCCGCCAGCGCCGCGCUCGCUGCGGCCGGAGCGUCGCGGCGGCCCCGGGGGAGCCGGGCGGCUCAUGCCUCCCGCGGCAGAGAGGAGUCCCCGGAGCUUCAGGAACAAGAUGCUCAUGAAGUUUAAUCUCUCUUAGCCUUAAAGGAAAAACUGGAGAAUAAAACUAUGGAUCCUUUAUAUUUUUCCAACACAUUUAGCAUGGAAGCUAGUUCUGGUGAUGUAAACUCCUCUCUGCUGACAAAUGUGACAGAAAAUGGGACACUCUCAGAGCUGCCCUCAUUCAAAUAUAUUCACAAAGUCCUGAUUCCCAUCUUUUACCUCCUUGUAUGUGCAGUUGGGCUCAGUGGCAACACUUUGGUCAUUUACGUGGUUUUGCGUUAUGCCAAGAUGAAAACUGUCACCAACAUUUACAUCUUGAAUUUAGCCGUUGCUGAUGUACUCUUCAUGCUGGGCCUGCCAUUCCUGGCUACCCAGAAUGCCAUCUCCUAUUGGCCUUUUGGCUCUUUCUUGUGCAGGCUGGUUAUGACUGUGGACGGUAUUAACCAGUUCACUAGUAUUUUUUGCUUGACUGUGAUGAGCAUGGACCGCUACCUGGCAGUAGUUCACCCCAUCAAAUCAACCAAGUGGCGACGUCCCAGGGUGGCCAAGCUAAUCAGUACAACUGUCUGGACAUUCUCGUUCCUGGUGGUGCUUCCAGUCAUCAUCUUUUCGGAUGUGCAGGAAGACUUUCACACCUGCAACAUGAACUGGCCCGAUCCUGUCAACAUCUGGUCAGCAGCAUUCAUCAUUUACACAUCUGUCCUCGGGUUUUUUGGUCCUUUGCUGGUGAUCUGUCUUUGCUACUUGCUGAUCGUGAUUAAAGUCAAAUCUUCGGGGAUCCGAGUUGGGUCUACAAGACGCAGGAGAUCAGAGAGGAAGGUAACGAGGAUGGUGGUGAUCAUUGUGGUCGUCUUCGUGUUUUGCUGGCUCCCGUUUUACAUGAUGAACAUUGUCAAUUUGAUGUUUAUACUGCCAGAAGACCCUGUGCUGGUAGGGGUGUACUUCUUCGUGGUGGUCCUGUCCUACGCGAACAGCUGUGCCAACCCCAUUCUUUAUGGAUUUCUUUCUGACAACUUCAAGCAGAGUUUUCAGAAAGUCCUUUGCCUCCGGAAGGGCAAUGGCAUAGAGGAUGGUGACCCCAUUGAACACAGGCAAGAGAACAGCAGUCGCUUGCAGGAGUCAAUGCUCACCCAGAGAAAUAUCGAGUUCAAUGGACAUAUGCAGACUAGUAAGGUGUAAGGGCAUGGCUUGGAAAUACAAAGCAUUUAGGGAACUGGAGACUUUAGGGAUUUAAAGGAGAGGUAAAAUCUUAGCAAAGCUAAAAUCUGGAGACCCACAAGCUAAAAUAAAUGUACAUACACUUCUCUUCACUCCCCUCCCUUUCCCAACUAAAAGUGUUAAGGGUUAUACUGUGUUGUGUGAAGUUCUCACGGCAUUUUAGCUAAGGCCAUCAGACGUGUGUUACCACUUUCUAUACUCUAGAGAACUGAUCUGCUGGUACACACUGCUUGCUUUGUAUGGCUCUAGUGAUGCAAAACAACACUAAACCUGUUUUAACUACCUUGUUAAGCUGAGUUUAUGGCUGCUUUGCACUGUCAGGAUCAGCUCAAAGCAGAAAACAGCUCAGAUAAUUUGGCUGAAAAUAUUUUUGAAAGUCUCUAAUGGGAUUUAUUAAAAGAAAAACACUAUUUCUUAAGAGGAAGAUUUACCAAAAACAAAAAGAAAAAGAAAAAGAAAAGGCCACAGCACUGAUCUUGGAAUUAAGUAUAAGCCAUGGUUUUACAGUGCUGCAUAUUCCAUUUACAUUGUUUUAUUGUCAUUAAUCCAUGUAAAAGACUCAUAGUAUUCAAGAGUCUUUCAAAUACAGUAAGAAAGAAUAAACAGAAGAUUACAAAAAAUGUUGAAAGGACUCAAUGUAUUCCUAACACUUUUACAUUCUAAACCAAACUGCAUAUACGAUGUAAUGUAACCACUUUACUAUUAUGUAAGUGACAAUGAUUGUGAAGUCUGGAAAGCUGUUGUGUAUAUUUAUUGGUUCUGAAUGUAAGUACGGACGUGAAUUUAAACUGUAUUUUCAGAAAUUAAAAGAAGUCCAAUACCC